AUGGCUAACUUAGGAUUCAUACCACUUCUAACUCUUGUAAUCUUCUACACAAUUAAUGUUGGAGAUGGUGAUGCAACCUCUGUGGCAAUGCCCCAAAAUCUUCCAAUGUCUCCUUCUUCUUCCCCACCCAUGCCCUACCAGCCACUUGAACCAACUCCAGAUUUAAACCAACCUCCUUCAAAUUCUGAUACACCUUUGGAGCCAGCACCAGCACCAUACCCACAUCAUCAUCCUCGUUCAUCUCCAUUAAUCAAAGCUGCCUACUGGCCAUCUUUCGAUGCAUUUCCAGCAUCCGCCAUUGAUACCUCAUACUUCACCCACCUUUAUUAUGCAUUCCUUUUGCCCGACCCCAUUACAUAUAAACUCAAUGUUACCCAAUUUGACCAAGUAAAGAUCCCUGAGUUCCUGGGUGCACUUGGGACCAAAAACCCACCCAUCAUAACCUUACUAUCCAUAGGAGGAGGCGGUAAUGACCCGACUGUAUUCUCUAGAAUGGCAAGCAGUUGGGCAACACGCAAAACUUUUAUUGAUUCCACCAUUGAAGUUGCUCGAAAAUAUGGGUUCCACGGUGUUGAUCUUGAUUGGGAAUUCCCGGCUAAUGAGGAGGACAUGUCAAACCUUGCCUUGCUAUACAAGCAAUGGCGAGAAACCCUAGUUGAUGAAGCUAGGACUUGUGGAAAGUCACGUUUACUUUUAACUUCUGCAGUAUACUAUGCUUCGAAGUUUACCUUUGAUGUGCCUCGAUCAUAUCCAACUUAUGCUAUAAGCAGAUAUGUGGAUUGGGUUAGUCCAAUGUGCUUUGAUUAUCAUGGGACAUGGGAAAAUUUCACUGGGGAGCACUCAGCACUGUUUGAUCCUAAUACUAAUCUUAGCACAAGUUAUGGAAUCGGGUCAUGGAUCCAAUCCGGUGUACCGCCCAGUCAGCUAGUUAUGGGUCUACCAUUGUACGGGCGGACAUGGACACUCCAGGAUCCGGACACUAAUGGGAUUGGAGCACCCACGUUAGGCCCGGUUGGAGGUGGUAUCUUGAAUUAUGAUCAAAUAUUUGAUUUCAAUAGGUGGAACAAUCCGACGGUUAAAUUUGACCACGAAACGGUGUCGUAUUAUUCAUAUUUUGGAGACUCUUGGAUCGGGUAUGAUGAUGUCCUGUCGAUAAGGUUGAAGAUCCGGGUCGCACGGUCUUGGCAGUUAAGAGGAUAUUUCUUUUCCCUCGGGCAGGAUAAGGACUGGACCAUCUCAAGACAAGCUUCGAAUGCAUGGGACAUUGAUGAUUAUUGA